GGAGACUCGGCCCAGGACUGGAGCCAAUGGUGCCUCUCCACUCUGGACAUGGCACCCUUAGAAGGAAGGCCUUUUCACUCUGGCAGCUGCACAGCUUCCCAAGGGGGCCCUUUCGCCCCGCCCCGGGUUGCUCGCCUGAGCUAGCAGGCACAGGGCAGCCAAGUGUUGGGCAGGAGCAGCUCAGUUAAUGAUUAGCUCAGCCAGCUGCGAGGUUGAGUUCCUCCACGGCCAGCUGGCAUCCAUUUGCCAACAUGCUUGCCCUGUCCCAGAUGGUGGGGCUCCUGGGUUUGCUUCAGGGGCUUAAUCUCGCCCACUGCCAAGAGUGGAAGCAGCCAGGGGGGCCCCACAAGCAGCUUCUCCCCCCCAAGAGGGACCAGUAUGACUUUGCCAUUGUCAUCGCUGCAGGUGGUAUCGAAUGCCUCUGGCAGUUUGCAUACCGAAAUGGCUCCUUCUUCUUCAGCUAUGAGGUGCAGAAGACUUUAGGCCUUGGCCACGACAGGCACAUCCUGGCAACUGUGAAUGAUCCCAGUGGCUUCCACCUCGGCACUUCCCAGGAUGUGCGGGGACAGAUCAACUUCCCGGUUCAGGAGACAGGCUUCUACCAGCUGUGCCUGAGUAAUCGAUACAACCAUUUUGGAACUGUGCAAGUGUAUCUCAACUUCGGGGUCUUCUAUGAAGGCUUUGAUCUAGAAACUGAGCGCCAGAGGACGGAACUCAAUGGCACUCUGGAAGCAAUUGAGAAGAGUACUACCAAGCUGAUGGCCAAUGUCUUCCACAUGCGGUAUUACUACAACUUUGCUCGAAUGAGGUCAAGGACAGACUUCAACCUUCUCCAGUCCAACUAUACCUACAUGAACUGGUGGUCAGCAGCUCAGAGUGUUGCCAUUGUGCUCUCUGGCAUCUUUCAGCUCUGUUUCCUCAAGAGCCUCUUUGCUAUGCAGCCCAGCAACAAGCCCAAAUGCUGAAGCUUCAGUAGGAUGCAACGCAAAGCCCCAAAGCAGCUGGGCCCCACCUCUGGCUAUAAAGCCAAGGAGUGAGUAAUUUGUAGCAUUUUCAAGGCUGAAAUUUGUUAAUAGGAUAAUAAAUCCAAGAAAUUCUC